AUGGUAUCAUAUUCAACUAAUACUAACCCGGGCUCGAUCACCGUUGCUGAUUUCAAUAACGAUGGUCACCUUGACAUUGUCGUUUCUAAUAAUGGGGCUAACAGUGUAGGUGUAUUUCUUGGAUAUAGUAAUGGAACUUUUGAGGCACAAAGAACGUUUUCAACUAGCUCGGGACCAUUUGCAGUGGUCACCGGUGAUUUCGAUAAUGAUACUAAAAUAGAUAUCGCCGUUGCCAAUCGUGAUGCUGACAGUGUGGGUUUACUUCUUGGGUAUGGCAAUGGUACCUUUUCGACGGAAAAGACGUUUUCAACUGGAAUUCAUCCGUCAUCUAUUGCCGUAGGCGAUUUCAACAAUGACAAUCAUCCGGAUAUCACCGUUGCCAAUAAUGGUGAUAAUAAUAUAGGUAUACUUAUUGGAUAUGGUAAUGGAAGCUUUGCCAGCCAAAUUACUUACCCAGCUGGUAGUGCCCCAAAUCCAGUUGCCAUUGGUGAUUUCAAUAUUGAUCAAAACCAGGAUAUUAUUACUGCUAAUUGGUAUACGAACGAUGCGAGUUUAUUCUUCGGAUAUGGUAACGGAACGUUUGCUUCACAAACAAUGUUAUCAGUUGGUACUAAUGGUUAUUCGAUUGCUAUUGGUGAUUUGAAUAGGGACAACAAACCUGAUUUUGUUGUUAGCAACAUAGGUGAUAGCACUGUCAGUGUAUUUCUUGGACACGGUGAAACUACAGUAGCAUCAAAUAACUUAUGCAGAAUGGAUAAUGAUAGUAUCGAAUUCGAAGCAUCGUUAUCAUCUCAUUCAGCAUGGAAACCAGCAUUAAACUGUUCUUUACAACAAUGUAUUGUAAGAUGGCAUAUUACUGGCAAUAUGAAUGAUGUGCGAUCACAACACACAGCAUCUGUAUUAAGAAAUGGACAAGUAUUAGUUACUGGUGGUAGAGGUAAUUCCACUGUUCUAAAUAGUACGGAUAUAUAUGACCCAUCAACGGGAAUCUGGACAAAAACUAGCAGCAUGAGUAAUGCACGAUCUGGACACACAGCAUCUGUAUUAACAAAUGGAAAAGUGUUAGUUACUGGUGGAUACGGUGCUAAUGGUUUGCAAAAUAGUACUGAGAUAUAUGAUCCAUCAACAGGAACUUGGACAAUGACUGGUAGCAUGAGUAAUGCACGAGAUUAUCACACAGCGUCCGUUUUAAUAAAUGGAAAAGUGUUAGUUACUGGUGGAUACGGUGCUAAUGGUUUGCAAAAUAGUACUGAGAUAUAUGAUCCGUCAACAGGAACUUGGAUAACGACUGGUAGCAUGAGUAAUGCACGAGUUUAUCACGCAGCAUCCGUAUUAACAAAUGGAAAAGUGUUAGUUACUGGUGGAGGUAGUUCUGGUGCUCUCACUAGUGUUGAGUUAUAUGAUCCAUCAACAGGAACUUGGACAUCAUCUGGGCACAUGAAUGAUGGACGAUAUGCGCACACAGCAUCUGUAUUAACAAAUGGAAAGGUAUUAGUAACUGGCGGAUUUUCUGGUGAUUUUCUAAAUAGUACUGAGAUAUAUGAUCCAUUCACAGGAAAUUGGGUAAGAAGUGGUAGUAUGAAUGGUGCACGAUGUUAUCAUAGAGCAUCCAUCCUAACCAACGGACAAGUGUUGGUUACUGGUGGAAACGGUGGUGGUAUCCAAAUUAGUGUUGAGUUAUAUGAUCCAUCCAGAGAAACUUGGUCAACAACCGGCAGUAUGUAUAGUGCACGAUCUGAACAUACAGCAUCUGUAUUAACAAGUGGAAAAGUAUUAGUUGCUGGCGGACAUAGUGGCACUAGUGAUGUAAAUAGUUCAGAAUUAUAUUAA